UGAUAUACUUACUUCUCUAAAUGUACAUGUGCUUUUUUGGUUUCUUUCCGUCGGCUUGUUGGAUCUUUCCACUUUUCGUUCAUACGUUGAAAAUCAUUAAGUCAUAUUGCGCUAUUGAGUCAUUAAUUGGAGACAGCCUUUAAUUGUUUUAUCGAAAUUAUUCGAAAUAAUGCAUCUAUAUAAUAUCUUAUAGUCUAUGUCCAUGUUUUGACAGAUUCGUCCAUUCUGUAGAUUGUAGACUACGCGGAUUUCGAACUACUUCAAUCAUUUUUUAACUUCCUCGAUGAACUCACCACAUUAUUGCAUUUGGGGAUUAUGUGAAUCACAGCAAUAUUGUUGUGGUGACAAUGUUUGCUGUAAUGAAACUGAUUUUAAUUUUUUAUUUUUAACGGCUAUCAUUUUUGGAACAGUUGUCUUUCUCACAUUAUGCUGUAUUUGCUAUUAUUGUACCUCUCGACGAGUUCAUGCAUCUUUCUUAAAGAAAUAUUUCAAAAUUGCUUAUACUGUAAUGUCUAACCAACGAGAAAAUGAAACAAAUGCUGCAAGGAAUCAAGAAUCGAUAGUGGAAGACUGUGUUGUACGAAUAGAAAAGACAAAAACUAUGCUUUAAUAAACAUUCUUUAUAUAUGUUCUAUAUGCCUUUUUUAACCCAAUGUUAGCAGUUGAUUGUAAUUUUAAAAAAUGGAAUUCUGUCUAUGUCAAAAUUCUCUCAUGUAUAACCAAUAAAUGUAAUAAAUGUGUAGCUGUAUAUGAAUAAGAUCGUUCAGAAA